AUGGACCCGCCCGGCUGCGAGGAGCGUGCCGCGGUGACGCUGGAGGACGGCGUGGUCUAUUCGGGGCAGUGGCUGGGCAGCGUCUGGCACGGCCAUGGGUCCGUGGUGAGGCUGGACGGGAGCACCUACGAGGGGCAGCUGCGGGACGGCUUGGCGCACGGCGCCGGCAGGUGCGUGCAGAGCAACGGGGACCGCUACGAGGGGCAGUGGCGCGAAGACAAGGCCGACGGGAAGGGGAAGUACGAGCACGCGGACGGCUCCUCGUACGACGGGGAGUGGAGCCAGGACGCGAAGGCCGGCCUCGGGCAGGAGACCUGGGCGGACGGGUCCUUCUUCAGGGGCGCCUACUCUGAGGGGAAGAAGUCAGGCCAGGGGCGAUUCGCCUGCUACGACGGGUCCACGUUCACUGGCCAGUUCGUCGACGAUCGUUUCGAGGGCAGUGGCGCCUACUCGUUCGCGGACGGCCGCGUCUACGAGGGCGAAUGGCGGGGCAACCAGAUGAGCGGCGCGGGGAGCAUGCGCUGGCCCGACGGGCGCACCUACGAGGGCUCUUUCGCGGAGGACCGCAAGGCUGGCGACGGCAAGUUUACGUGGCCCGACGGCAGGUCGUACACAGGCCAGUGGCUGGGUGGCAAGCAGCACGGCGUGGGCGUGUACGUCGACCCGAAGGCGAGAAGGCCGCGGCGCUGCCAGUUCCGAGAAGGCUGCUGGCUGAGGUGGCUGCCCGACAGCUCCCCUGAGCAAGCAGCGGGGUCGCCGCCAGCGCUGCAGCAGCCUCCUGCGCAGCCGGGGCCUGCGCAGCUGCAGGGGCCGUGUCAGGGCAGCGGCGACGGCCCCGCUCCCUCGGCAGCAGCGCCGCGGGCGCAGCAGCAGCGCCCGCCCGCCCGCAGCAGCAGCCGCAGCCGUGGCAGCAGCAGCGGCAGCAGCAGCAGCAGCCGCAGCAGCCAGCCAGCGCAGCGGCUGGAGGAGCGGCGGCCAGACGGCGGCGACGGCGCGGGUACCCCCCAGGCGGUGCCCGCGGCGGCGGAACCGCGGCAGUCGUCGCCGCGGAAGCCACAGCUGGAGGGCCCCGAGGGGCAGCAGGGCAACGGCACGGGCGGCGCAGCCUCGGCUCCCGAGGUCCCUGCCGCUGCGGCGCUGCACGUGCCGCGCCAGGAGGAGCCGCGGCCCGACGGCGGAGAUGGCCUGGGCCCGACACAGGCGACGUUGGCGGAGCAGGACGAGGGGCAGCCGUGCGGCAGCGAUGCUGCGGCGCCGCCCUCUGCAGGCCCCCCCGAGGCCUCGGCUGCAGAGGCGCCAGAGCAGCAGCCUCCACGGGGGCAGCGGCAGGAAGGGCAGCUCGGCGAGGGCGGCAGCUCUGCGGAUGCAGCUCCGGCAGGCCCCCACGCACCGUCGGUGCCGCAGGCCCCCCAGGGGCCGCCGAAGCAGGAGGCACCGCAGCGCGACAUCGACGACGGCGUGGCCCCAGCUGCAGAAGUGCCCGCGGCCCUCCCGGCAGAUCCGGGUCCGCAGGAGCCUCGAUGCCCCCAGGGGCUGCUGCACGAGGACACGGAGCAGCGGCCGCGGGCGCACAACGAGGACGGGGAGGGGGAGGAGGAGGAGGAGGCGCGCUGGCCUCCAGCAGCCCUCUCAGCUCCUCCCCCGAACCCAGAUCAACAGAAAGGCCAGUCACCCGGGGAAGAGAAAGCGGACGGGGAGGAGGAGGAGGAAGAAGAAGAGGCGCGCCAGCCGCCAACAGCAGCCGGCUGGGCACAGCCCAGCGUGGCGGGCGCGCAGCAGGACCAGCAGCUGCCGCUCCGCGACGGCGACAGCCUGGCUUCGCCGCCAGCGGCAGACGGGGCCCAGUCUCCAGCGCUGGCAGCACAGCAGCAACGCCUGCGCCGCGACAGCAGCAGCCCAGCUCCGCCUCCGCCAGCAGCCAGAGCCUGGUCUCCAGCGGCAGGCAGGGCAGUCGCAGCUCUUACCGAAGUUAGUCCGUUUGAGCAGAAUCGUCGCAAACCUGUGUCGUCAGGUAGGGCUAGGUCACAGCCAGCCAGGGCGGUAGCCACAGCCCAGUCGACAGCGACCAGGGCCCAGUCUUUAGCCCCCCGCCGUUAG